UUGAGCCAGGAGGAGGACGACGAUGAGGAGGAUGCCAAGAUCUUCAACGCUUGGAUGCAGCGGUACAGAAGUGGAGAACCUCAGAAGAAACCUGCUGACGAGGAGGAGGAGAAAGAGGAGUCAGAAGGAGGAAGACCUGAAAGCAGGAGAAGCGUAGAACCACCGGUCCGGAUGAAGGCCGACCGCCGGGCGUCGCUGCCGUGUCCGGCGACUCUCUCAGCGAUGCAACUGUCUCGUCUGCACUCGUCUACUCGGGCUCCGUUAACGGCGAAGGUGUUGCUGCAUCGCUCGUCCUCCCGUCGCCUCCUUCCCUCCCCGCAGGAAGUCGCCGCCCCCACCAGCGAGAGAAGACCCUCCCUCAUACCCACGAUCCCCGAGGCCACGCCCUCUGAGAGGCGGGGCCAGUUCAGGAGACGCAACGUUAUGUCUUUGAGCGACGCCUACAGCGUGUGUCUGAUCUGUCACAACGACUUACAUCAAGGCAGCGGCGGCACCCAAGAGCUGCAGUGUACACACACCUUCCACAAAGAGUGCAUCGAGGAGUGGCUGUGGAGGAAGCAGUCCUGUCCCACGUGUCACGUCCAGGUGUCGCUGCCGCAGCCCGUCCACUGGAGCUCCACCCGGGUCAAAGUGCCCUGAAACCGGACCUCGUCCCGGCAUCGUCCAGCUCCCCUGGAACUGAGCCUCAGUCAGUACUUCAUGAGAACCAAAAGCAAAAACGAGUCCUUUCCUCUGUGAUUCAUUUGGUGAGCCGUCAGACUCACCUCGAGACCCCCCACGUCUGGAAGCCGAGGUUGAAACACUCUGAAGGCCACAUUAAACUACUAGGAUGACAUGCAGUGAGCGGUUCUGGUCAUAAGUCAGAGCAGAAAGCAGCCAUGUUGGACUUUAUUCCCUGUUUUAUGACUUUUAUCUACAAUAAUCUACAAGGACGAUAUUUAAUGAAGCCAUGCAGAUCUAAUACAGAACACAUGUGAACAUCUGUGUUGUUUCUUCACGGCCAGAAGCUCCAUCUGACUGAAGAAUUCAUGUUUUAGACGACGACAGGAGUCGUGUCUAGAAGAACGACCCAAACGCUCACCCUGGUUUCAGCUGUCGGUAAAAAUAGUAAAAUAUUUAUGCACGUG